AUGGCGCAAGCGUCGCCCACCCCGCCGCCCUUCAACCCCGUCGACACGUCGGCCGCCGAUGGCAGCUUCAAGGACGAGGUCGAGUCGCCGAGCCUGUCCAACUCCAACGCGCUGGUGCGCUUCGAGUUCGAGGCCGGCCACGGCCAGGAGGGCACCAAGAUCCUGAUGGUCGAGUGGGAGGAUGACGACGCGACGCGCAGCAACCGCGGCGACUGGCACAUCUCGUGGGAAGGUAAGAGCACCGUGCUGCCCGCCGACGACCAGACGAGCAGCGACAUCAACCGCCUGUACUUCCUCCUACCGCCCGGCGUGCCCGUCCCGCCCACCGUCACCCUCACCCACCGCCCGGCCGACGCCUCCAAGCCCGCCGUCACCUGGCGCACCAACUCACUGCCCGCCAUCUUCCCCCCAGAGCUGGGCGCCACCGCGCGGCAGGCGGGCAAGAAGGGCGUGCUGCACACCAUCUGGGCAAAGCGCCGGCUGCAGGCGCUGCAGAAGGAGAUCGAUGCCGAAGCGCGCACCAACGUCGAGGGCAUCGCCUUCGUCAUGGCCAUGCAAGAGAAAGAGUGGAUCGAGCAGAACUUCGGCGUGUCGUCGCGGCCCAGCAUCAGCCUGCCCAAGAACGACAACCCGGUCAGCCCGAGCAGCCCGCGGUCCCCCGGAGGUGGCCGCCUGAUGGAUAAGCUGAAGGGACUGAAGAUCGGGACGAGCGAGAAGGAGCUGGCAGCGCGCGAGGGCAGCGCCAGAAACGAGGGCCCGGCGCCCGCUGGCCCGCUGUCGCCCGAGUCGUCGGACGUGGCCGUGUCGUCGUUCGCUGCGUUCAAGGAGAAUCCCGCCGUGCUGGCCGCUCAGCCAGCGCAAAAUCAGCCGGCGCACGAUGCGCCGCGGAGGGUGGCGGCCGCAGUGCCGCCACCAGAGAUCCUUGCGCAGCAGCAGCAGGCGGCGGGCAUGGGCUCGCUGAACGCAUUUGCUGGGGGGUUCGUGGUGCCAGCAGGCCCGCCGGCGGAGGACGACGACCACGAAGACGACUUGUUCGCGCUGCCCAUCAGCCCGCGCAGCCCGGACAUGUCCAAGAGUCCGUUCUCGUUCGCGGCGAGCGAUACAGUGAAGUACGCGAAAGACCAGAAGGCCUCGUGA